CAAGUACAUGAUCUAUAAAUGUAAGAAUGUCCUUUCAGUUAUUAGGUGUUGUUGAAUCAGUGUCGUAUAUUACUGGAGACCAGCGCAAACAACUACUUGCAUUCGAUUAUGCAAUCCAUUGGAUACAGUUACGAAUUCCUCUCCUACUAGCUGCCUUGGCGUUAGUGCGUGAUAUUUUCGGUGGCCAUGGUACAAAAUGUUACCCACCACCCGAAUACGUCACCGAAUCUGAGGUUGUUGAGUACUUCAACUCUUACUGUAUUUACGAGGAAAACGAAAACCUGACCGGUUACCAUGAAUUCAUACCUUUCACAUUUACCAUACAAGCUGUUCUAACACAAAUCCCUGUAAUCCUGUGGAUAGCCGGUGGUGGCAAAAAGAUAUCAAUGGUAGCGAAGUGGUUUUCAAAGUGUUGCCGGGAUAUGUGUUCAGAAGCGGAAGCUUUGCAUCAGACCAGGGAACAGUUCAAUGAUCAGACAGACAACAAAGCAAGCAAUAAGGAUUGGCCAAAAGUCUACUCGAUACUACAGAGCUACAUAACUGAAUGGAGUGAUUCUAACAAGUACGUGGUGAUUUAUUUCAUCCUUAAAGUGAUACUCUAUGGGAUAAUUUUAGGAUGUUUUAUUUUUCACUAUUUACUUCUCGUCAAUACCAUGAAACCAGAGUUUCUUAACGACGAAUUCCUGUGUGAGAUCAAGCACUUGAAUGUGACGAUAUACUGUGUGAAACCGUACGAAAUAUUUAACCAGAUUCUGAUAAUUAUUAAUCUUUUAAUGUGCCUAACGAUUCCAUUAUUUUUUCUGCUUUUACGAGAUAUAAUUUUGUUUAUAACGUUGAUAGGAGGAAAGUACGAAAUCCCCAAUUUUAUACCCUUACAAGAAGAAAGUCCAUCUAAACCACCCUUCCUGGAAAUUCCAGAAAGACGCAAAAGGCUGAAUAAUAUACAUUUGCUUACGUUGUACUACAAAGAAAACAUUGAACUGGAUGAUAAAUAUGUCCAGAAAAUAUUAAUUCCGUGGUUAAAAAAGAAUGAACCACAAUCGGCGGAAGAAUGUACAGAGGAUACGGGUUCUAAAAGCACAGACGAGAUUGGAAAGCCCAAACGAGUUUAUAAAAGAACCCCACCACCCACCGUCCCAAACCAAAUCAAGCCUAACGAGUUAUCAUGACUAUUCAUGCAAUUAAAGUUUUCAUAUACAGGGGCGGAUCCAGAGUUUUUCAAACGGGGGUGGGGGUCACAACAUAUUCAGAAUUGAUAAGUGGGAGCACUAAUUUCAAUAUAUGCCUUGAAAUUUUAAAAUUUUGUAGCAAAACGUGGGGGAAGGGGUGGGUCCCCGUACUGGAUCCACCCCUGAUAUAUAGACUAUAGUAACUGCAGUAUAAGUCGUCAGUACUUCAGGUGAAUGACCAACGAGUUCUUUACCUCUUAUGCCAAUACUUGGAAACUGCAUAUAAUUAUGUAGCACAAGUAUGUAUUAGUUAAGAAACUAUUAUUCACUGUAAAUAAACAUUCAUAUAUUAUAUA